AUGUUUCGCAAUAGACUCAACAGCCAAAAACCCGACGGCAAGUUGCUAGAGGACUUCAAGGCCAGCUUUCCCCAUCUCCAGCAGCGUUCGCAUUCGCUGGCUGGGCCUGCCGGCCAUACACUCGCCGAUGCGCUUGAUGUCGCCCACCCCUCCCGCCCUGGCGACACCCAUGAUGAUAUCAAAGAUCAAGAUCCAACUCCCCGCGGCAACGCGGAGCCGUGGAGGUUUACCCCAUCGCUGCUAGACCCCAACAGCUUCGCCUUUACUUCUUUUGCAAACCAACCGCCGGGCUACUAUACGCCCACGCCCGGCGGCACCAACACGCUCUACCACAGCCAGGCCGGUGACUUACACACGCCUGGCUUUAGUUUUGGCCUGGGAACCCCCCUUUCACUGCCAACGUCGGAAGGUGGGGUCCACGCUGGACAGCUCGCGCCUUCCACCCAUCUCCAUGGAUUCAAUCACCAUGCUUUGGGCACCCAUCACUUCCAGAAUGUCAACCCCUUUGGCAUGCAGCCGCAGCAUUCGCAGUCUUUUGCGCCCCAUCAAUUCACCCACCAGCCCUCUGCUUUUGACCAGGGUCCCAUGGCGCAACCCCACGACGAUUCCCCCAUGGACAACUUGGUUCCAGAAGUAGAGAUGCAGGAGCAGUCACCCCUCAUGACAUUUGCAUCUCAUUCAUACGAUGACAACAUGGCGCCCACAGUGGCACCACCCCCCCCUCCACCUAACCAGAAUUUUCGCUACCAUGUAACUCUAAACGCUCCCACAGCCAUGGUCAAGCAGCCAGAUGAAGUCCCAGUCACCUAUUUGAACAAGGGACAAGCCUAUUCCAUUUCUCUGGUGGACACGGCACCUCUGCAAGGACCUAUCCCAACGAAGUACAGGACUUUUAUCCGCAUUUCUUUCGAAGAUGAGCAGCAGCGCCAGCGACCCGCUUCUUGCUGGCAACUCUGGAAGGAAGGCCGCGGAACAAACGAGGCGCACCAACGCGGAGGACGACUCCAAGCGGUCGAAUUCGUAGAUCCAAGCCAGGUCGGUGGCGGCGAGAUCCAAGGCCGACCCAGAGUAGAGCUUGAAUCUUCGUCGUUUGACGGUUUCGUUGUUACAUGGACACCGGUCCAACACGCCUCAGCCGAGUGCUCCUUGGCUGUACGCUUCAACUUCCUGUCUACCGAUUUCAGCCACUCCAAGGGUGUCAAGGGAAUCCCUGUGCGAUUAUGCGCAAAGACAGAGAUGGUCACUGAAGCCACCGGAUCAACAGCCCUGAAAAAACUGGACGCCGAGCUUUGCUAUUGCAAAGUCAAGCUCUUCCGGGACCACGGCGCCGAGCGAAAACUAUCAAACGAUGUUGCACAUGUCAAGAAAACAAUCGACAAGCUCAAGCAACAGAUCGCGCAAGUCGAGUCUGGCAUGAAGGACUUUGGCAAGCGGAAGCGCAGUGGAUCCAUCUCCAAGAGCAACAUCAACCAGCGACCUGGAAAAGUACCCAAACACAAGCGAACAUGGUCCAUGACUUCAGCAAGCGAGCUCCAAGGAUCUCGAGCACCUGCCGAAGAGGAUCUCCACAUCAAACUCGCUUCUCUCCAGGACAUGUUCAGCUCCACCAGGCCUGUUAGCGUCCUCUACCUCAAGGGCGAAGAACAGGAUGACCCGGACAUUCAUCCAGUCAUAUUGGGCGCCACACCCCAAGAACUCUCCAAACUCGACACUAACAUCGACGCUCCCAUGUGGGAGACGCAGGAAUCAGGAACUGCCGCGUCCUCGGUUGUGUCGCCAACUCCAAGUUCUCAAUCUCUCCACUCCGAGAAGCGCCGAACUUCAUCCUUCCAGCGCCCAGCGCCUUUCCAACCGCCUUCGCGCAUGACUUCAAGUGAAUGGCGGAGUCUCCCGCAAACCGCCACGGGCGAUCUCAAAGGCAUGGUUGGUAUCCAAGGAGGUGCUGAUGUGCCGACGAAAGUGCAAAGGCCGUAUUCGGAUGAUCACGCCUUAUCUGGAUGGAUCGAGGCCCUUGGCGUUGACCAGACCUACCAGCCGCCCCCGGAACCCAUGCUGAAGCCGGUGGCUUGCUUCUUCGUCCAGCCAAGACUCGCCGGUCGGCAACCAGAGGACAACUACUACCGUGCCGUAUAUGUCAUGAGCCGCACCGUCAAGGAGCUUGUAGCUGCUAUUGCGAUGAAGAUCAAUAUGGAGCCGACCACGGUGACACGAACCAUACGCGUCAACCAGAAAGGAUUGCAGAUCCUAAUGGAUGACGACGCCGUCAGCAGGAUACCAGAACAACAGGACAUGUCGGCAGAGUUUCAUGAGGUCGGCACGCCGCCAGUACACUCUAUCAAGCACGAAUGGGAUGCUGGAUCCAAGGAGAUUCAAGUCGACGGCGACAUCAGUGUCACCGAAAAUGUUCACUCGACCGGUUACGAACUCCGUCUUCUCUUCUAGCCUGUUAUGCCUGCCGGCGCCGCUCUUUACACUUUGAUACCCUUUUUCGGCGACCGACCAACUCUAAUGACCCCGUACUAUCCGUAUACUGGAGCUCGCAUUGCUCUUCGCGGGUUACUAAUUCUUUUGAGCUGUGAUCACUUGAUCCAGCUUCACCGCUUGGCGUUGAGCGCUUUGGAGAUACCACGCGUCAAUCCUGAGCGUUUGCCAUUUUUCCUUUGUCGAUACCUUUCUACUCUUCUUUUCGGUGCGACGACGAUACCCAUUAUACCAUUACCCUUUUACCUUUCCAGCGGCCAAGAUUGAAAAUGCAACGAUCUGUCACGAACACAUAGCGAGAUAUACACGAGGGAGAGUUUGGGCUGUAAUUUCCUCUUUACAUAAACAUGGCAAUUUUGUUCACUACGGUGCACAUGAUCCAGUAUCAUCCGGAUGCAUAAUCAAAGUCAUUGCGCUCC